UGCUUGUUCAAACUGUAGGAGACGAAAAGCUAGGUGUAAUGGUGCUAUGCCGGCCUGCCAGAAAUGUCUUUCGAACGGUGAAACUUGUUCGUACGACAAGGCCCCUUCAAUAGCUUAUGCUGUAUCAUUGCAAGAUGAACUGCAAGCGUAUAAGAACAGAAUCGAGGAGCUUCGACGGGUCAAAGAUAAAGAUAGGGACGCCCUCCUGAACGAACCUAUGAGAACAAUAAACCCAAAUGGAGGGAGAUCCCGUGCAUUUCGAAGCCCUCCCGAUCUACAAAGCUAUCAGCAACUUGAUAGUGUUCCUGCUGAGAAUAUGGAUUACACCACUGAGAUGGCCUCAGUUGGCACAGACGGGCGAGUAAACUUCUACGGAAAGACAAGUUUGUACCACGUAGAUCCUAAACAUUUUGAAGAACAUAGCCCUACAUCUAUAUCGAGCUAUGGCGAUAGCACGGGAACUCAUAUUCACGACAUGGCGGCCAUGCCUUCGAUAUUCGAAUUCCAUGAUAUAGCUUCACUCCUAGCCGAAAUACCACACGAACUCUUGAAUGACCUCCUAGAUACUUAUUGGUGCUACCCACAUCACUUUCAUUGUGUAUUAUGCAAGCCCCUAUUUUUACGAGACCUAUAUACUCCAGGGCCAUAUGUUACCCCUUUUCUGUUAUGUGCUGUGCUCGCACAAGCAGCUCGGUAUUCCACACGGCGCGACGCCACCGAAGUCGGACAGACUUUUGCCUCUCGGGCUUUACAACUACUACCCAGUGACAUUGACAAGGGCAGCUCCAUCCCCACCAUCCAAGGUCUUCUUAUCCUGUCAGCGCGCGAGUGCGCUUGCGGCCGCGUCUCCCAAGGCUGGCUCUAUUCCGGGACGGCAUUUCGGAUGAUGCGAGAUCUCGGGAUAGACAUAUCUCCGAGAAAGCUCGGCCACCUGGCCAAGCAAUUCACCGAAGAGGAGCUUGCCGUGCGCAAACAGGUCUUCUGGAGCUGCUAUACCUGGGAUAAGACUAUGAGCCUGUGUCUAGGCCGAGCACCGGCCGUACAUUGCUCCGUGGAACUUCCCACUCGAGACACGUUGCUAUACGGGCACGACGCAGAUGAUGAAGUAUGGCCACCGGUAACAACGCACAAUUCGUUUGUGACCAGCCUCGUGGAGCAGAAGUCCCUGAGCAGCACGCGCUUUGUUGCAUACUGCGAGCUCAGCGUUAUCAUCGAAAAUAUCCUCGACACGCUAUACUCGCGACCACACAAUAGGCGACAAGACGACCUGUUGGCAUAUAUGAACAUGACCUUGCAACGGUUACAGUCUUGGGCCGACCAGCUUCCCCCAGAAAUAUUCAUUCAAGACACGACCUCGACGGCAAUAGUCUCCCCGCCUUUAUACAUUCUACUCCUAAACCUGACAUACCAAGCCGCCACAAUACUCCUAUGCCGACCGUACCGAACCCUACAACCUACCGCAAAAAAGCGAUGUACCAAAGCCGCCAAAAUGGCCGAUACCUUGCUGAUGCUGCACGUCAAGCGUUUCGGCUUCCGGUACAUCACCUAUCUAGAGACUUACACACUAUUCGUCGCCUGCACCGUAAACGUGCUGGAUUUCACCGAGAACGAAGCCUCCGCCGGAGAUCUAGGGUUAGCUCGGGAGGCGAAUGCCAGGCUUCACUUCGGGCUCGAGAUCCUUAGACAGGCGAACAGUACUCCGGUGGCAGCUCGGUGCGCUUCGACGAUCUGCCAGCUAUUCAACAGGCAGAAGGCGUCGAUGCGUAACGCCAAUACGGAACGGGGCUCGGAGCAAGAGACGUCGCAGGCAACGGCUGAUAGCUCCUCUCCAAGCGAGCUGGGAAUUAAUCCCAACGCCCAGACCUUUAUGCCAACCCCCGCUUCCGCUUCCGCUUCAUUCCAACAACCGUCCCUCGCCGUUGCCGAAGGGGAGUUCAUCAUCUCCUCCAUCGUAGGCAGCGAGAUCCCGUAUAUACAAGACGGGCACACGGACACGAACGCCGAUGGCGACAACACAACAUUCCAAUCACAUAUCAUCCCCGUCGAAACGCCGCUCAGAUGGCUGCCCGAGAACGUGCAGGACGACGGGAGCUGGAUGCUAAUGACGGCCGAUGGCGAUUUCAACGGGGACUUUGACUUGGAGCCUAUCGCGGGUUUGUCAUAG